AUGAAUAAAACAUAUGAAAAAUAUUAUUUGGAUUUCGAACGGCCACCAUUUGCACCAAUUUAUCGUCCAACUGAAGAAGAAUUUGCUGAUCCAGUUAAUUAUAUAUUGAAAAUUAAGCCUGAAGCCGAAAAAUAUGGAGUCGUCAAAAUCGUUCCUCCUUCUUCAUUUCGUCCACCAUUUGCAGUAGAAAGAGAUAAAUUUGAAUUUAUACCUCGCGUACAAAAUUUAAAUCAAUUAGAGGGAAUCACACGGCCAAGAGCGAUCUUUACUGCGCAGCUUCAUAGUUAUUGGCAUUUACAAGGAUAUAAGCUGUUAAAUCCUAUCAUCGAAAGCAGAUAUGUCGAUUUUUAUAGACUAAGUCGAUUAGUAUCUCAAGCUGGUGGAAGCGAUGCAGUUAAUCAGCGUAAAUAUUGGUCAAAUAUAACGAGACGACUUGGUUUUCAUUCAACACCUUCGACUAAAAUUAAAGUGAUUUAUCAAAAAUGGAUAGAACCGUUUGAGAAAAGUAUGUCGAAGGAAAAACAAACAGAUUCGUUGUACACCAAAAACGCAGAAGGCUUUCAGUUAGAAGAAGGUCGUCGACGAAUUCCUAUUCCUAGAACUAAAUCUAUGGCUGGUUUGAAAAAUUCUCAUACUCAUCGUUGUGUUAAACGAAAAUUUAAAAUGGUGGACCCUAUGGAUCAAGUGGUAUGCAGAAGUUGUAUGAAUGGAGGUCAAGAAGAUGUUCUUCUUUUAUGUGAGGAUUGUGAUUAUGCUCGACAUACAUAUUGCUGUAAUCCUCCGCUUCUCGCAGUUCCUAAAGGCGAAUGGCGUUGUGAAAAUUGUGCAGUAGCUACUGUGAAAGAAAUAGCUGAUAGUUAUGUUUUUCAUGACUCUGAAACAAAAUAUAAUUUAUUGACAUUUUCUGAAUAUGCCAAUAAAUGGAAACGUGAUUAUUUCAAGCAAGAGCCAAAGGAUGUUAGUCGCGAUUUAGUUGAAAAGGAAUUUUGGAGAAAAAUUUUUGAUUCGCAGUCUACAGUUUCUGUAAAAUAUGGCGCUGAUUUAUUGGCGAGUAAAGUUGGAAGUGGUUUUCCUAUUCAAAGUGAAAAUUUUUCAAGGUAUGCUGAUGAAAAAGAUCGGAUUUAUUAUGCAAAACAUCCGUGGAAUUUAAAUAAUCUUUCUGUACUAAAAGAAUCUGUGCUAAGCCAUAUGAAAUGUGAAAUUUCCGGAAUGAUGAUUCCAUGGGUAUAUGUUGGGAUGUGUUUUAGCGCAUUUUGUUGGCACACUGAAGAUCAUUGGACCUACAGCUUCGUGGGUUGUGAAAAUCUGAUGAUUAUUAGGGGUGAAAGAAAAAUUUGGUAUGGCGUUUCUGGUGAAGAUGGAGGAGAUUUCGAUAAAAUCGUAAAAGAAAUGGUUCCUGAAUUAUUCGAACAUCAACCAGAUCUUCUUCAUCAUAUAACAACUAUUUUCAAUCCGCGAGUGCUUAUGCAAAAGGGCCUUAAGAUUUAUAGUGUUCAUCAGGAACCUGGUGAAUUUGUUAUUACUUUUCCUCGUGCUUAUCACGCCGGUUAUAAUGAAGGCUUCAAUUUCGCUGAAGCUGUAAAUUUUGCUCCGCCUGACUGGUUGCAUAAAGGUAGGCUUUGUAUUGCGGAUUACGCUAGCGUGAGAAGAAAAUGCGUUUUUGCUCUUGAUGAACUUAUAAUUAAUAUGGCAGAAAACAUUGAAGAAUUAUCUAAUACAACCUCUAUUGCAUUAUAUGAAGAAAUAUUCACAUUAUGCUCGAAGGAAGUGCAGAAUCGUCAAAAGCUGAAAGAUAUUGGAGUCGAAAAGUCAUGUCGAGAAUUUUACGAAUCGAUAGCUGAUGAUCUUAGAAGCUGUGAAAUAUGUAAUACGACAAUAUUUAUAUCAGGUUUAGUUUGCCUGCACGGUCGUUUAGUAUGUUUGGAACAUGCGGCUGAAGUGUGUUCGGAAUGUAGCCCGACGAAUUUCACAUUGAAAUAUCGCUAUACUGUAGAUGAGUUGGAGCAUUUUAUGGAUAAUGUAAAACAAAAAAUUGAAGAUUAUCUCGAUUGGCGAUCAAAACUGUCCAAUUUGUUCGAUGAAAACGAGAUGAAACCAAGCAAAUUUUUCUUUAUUUAA